GGGCUUCCGUACGUAGUCGGCGCGUUGCGGUAGAGCGCAGUGUUCUGUGUUUGUUUCUGUUUUAAAAAAUUCUGACGUAUUUUUUACACCCAGAAGCUUCCAAUGUCUUCGGACGCCCUGAAGAAGCGAAAGUCGAAGGUUCUCCGCAGUGAUGGAGGAACCCCAGAGAUGAAGCGAGGUCGCGGAGAGGGCGACAUUCAGGAUGUGCGUGUGUAUAGUGAGGAGGUGGAGCUGGACGGCAGGAGCCCUGACCAGGACUACUCACAGUACAAAGAAUCAUGUGAGAGUCUGGCCACACUCAUGAGUGAGAUCCAGGAACUUAAAGCCAAUGGAGCCAAGGAAGGGUGUGUGGAGGUCGAGCAGAGGCGUAUGCAGAGCUGCAUCCACUUCAUGAAUCUGAAAAAACUCAACCGCCUGGCUCAUAUGCGUCUAAAGAGAGGCAGAGACCAGACACAUGAGGCAAAACAGAGAGUCGAUGUGCUUCACCUUCAGCUGCAAAACCUGCUGUAUGAAGUUAUGCAUCUUCAGAAGGAGAUCAGCAAGUGUCUUGAGUUCAAAUCUAAGCAUGAGGAAAUAGACUUGGUUAGCGAAGAAGAGUUUUACCAGGAAGCUCCGCAGGAGAUAUCCAGGCCUCCCCUCACAAAAAAUGAUCCCCACCAACUCACACUGGCACGACUGGACUGGGAGCUCGAACAGAGGAAGAGGUUGGCAGAGAAAUAUAAAGAGUCACAGGCCUCAAGGGAGACGAUUCAGAAGAGCAUUGAGGUGAAAAAGGAGCAUCUGAGAAGCUUGCAGCCAGGACUCAAUGCCAUCAUGCAGGCCUCUCUCCCAGUGCAGGAGUACCUCUCCAUGCCAUUUGAACAGACUCAGAAACAGACAGAGGUGGCCCGUCACAUGCCUCCACCUCUCUAUGUGUUGUUUGUUCAGGCCAAUGCCUAUGGCCAAGCCUGUGACAAGAACUUGUGCGUCUCAAUCAGCGGUGAUGUGGAUGAGGCCAAAGCCCUGUCCAAACCCCCAGAUGAUUCCCAGGAUGAUGAGAGUGAUUCAGACGCCGAGGAGGAACAAGAGAAAACAAAGAGAAGAAGGCCGACCACAGGUGGCCAGCUGGAUGAUAAAAGACGGGAGAUGCUGAAAAGGCACCCUCUGUCCCUUUGCUUAGACCUGAAGUGUAAAGAUGGCAGCAUCCUCCAUCUCUACUUCUACUACCUGAUGAAUCUCAACAUUAUGACUGUAAAGACCAAGGUCUCCACCACCACAGAUCUCAGCACUGCCAUCAGCGCAGGGGACCUGCUGAAAUCAGACACUCUGCUCAGCUGUCUCUACACCAACGACCAGGGACGAGAAACACCCAAUCCAGCUAAUCGCUACCAGUUUGAUAAAGUCGGGAUUGUUUCCUUUGCGGAUUACGUGGAGGACCUGGGUCACCCCUAUAUGUGGGUUCAGAAUCUGGGAGGACUACAUUUUCCAAGUGAUUCCUCAGAGGGUGUGCGUGUUGGCAGUUCUCUGAGUGCCAGCCACAUGGAGACCACCAUGAAGCUGCUGAGGGGACGAGUCCAGUCCCGCUUGGCUUUGCACAAACAGUUUGCCUCUUUAGAACACAGCAUCAUCCCAGUCUCAAGUGAGUGUCAGCACUUCUUUCCUGCCAAGAUCAUCUCCCGCUUGCAACGCUGGACCACCAUCAGUCACCAGGAGUACAUGGAGCUGCAAUACACACGUCAUGUGACUGAUGCUGGCUUGGCAAAGGAGACUGAUCUGUACUUUAUGGCAGUGGUCGAAAGAGGCACAGCUCGCCUCCAGGCUGCAGUGGUGAUGAGUCCUCGUUACCCAGAGAUCUCCCCUCUCUUCUCCCUCUCCCUGAGCUGGAAGGGAGAACGCAGUGGACGCACCGAUGACAACCUCAGGGCCAUGGAGAGUGAGGUCAAUGUGUUCAAAAAUGAACUACAGGGACCACGCCCAGGACACCAGCUCCUGACCAAUCAGUUUGCACGCCUGUGUGUCUGCUUGGAUGUGUAUCUGGAGACUGAAGGACAAGAUGACGGUGUGGAAGGACCUCGAGAGUUCCCCCGUGAAAAGAUGUGCUUGCGCACUGUCAGGGGCCCAAAUCGUCUGAAGCCAUUCAAGUACAACCAUCCUCAGGGCUUCUUCAGUCAUCGUUAGAACUGUAUAUACACUGUACCUACUGUAGUUACAACUCUUAACUCCUUCAAGCUUACCUUUGUGGCUCUUUGACACACAAAGCAUCCUUUUUAAAAGUCUUCAUACCAUUUUGAAAAUAAAAGAACCUUGUUAUUUUCUUCAA